AUGUCUCGUCUCCUCGGCACCAUUUACAACGCGGUCCUCCGCAGCAACACCACCAUGUUGUUCACUGUUUUCGGCGCCGCCUUCGGCAUGCAACUGGCGUUCGAUACAGGAUCAGACAAGAUAUGGGAUGCCAUGAACCGAGGGCGCCAAUGGAAGGACAUUAAGCAGCGAUACAUGGAGAAGGCCGAGGAUGACGAGUAG